CUCUGCUUUGUACAGGUACAAAUGAUAGAUUCUGUUAAUAUUAACUGAUGAACUAUAAUCGCCACAGUUAUUACACGUUCAUAUUUCGGUCGAUCGGACCGAAAUUGAAUACUACAUUAUAGCCUAUAAACACACUGUGUGUAACUAUAGGCUACAUGACAACCAUAGCCAAGACGAAUGCGUUUAUGCAGAAGUAUUCGUGUAAAUGCAAAUGCAGCUUUGAUUCUUUUAACACUUGCGACAAUUCUGUACAUACCCUUGCAUUUAUUUCUCUUGGGACAAGAAAGAAACCACCGAAGAGUUGCAACACCAGCAACACCAGCAGUUUACAAGCGAAUCCUAAUAUGGGGGGAUAACUUGCCUCAGUUCAUGAUCAAUAUGAUGACGUAUGGAUUCAGCAGCGAUAAGUGUGGUAACUGCAAAAUUGUUAAAGGCGUUGAUCCCUAUACUUGCGAUGCAAUUGUUUUUGAAUUCAACAAAGUAAAUCCGGAUGCUAAAGUCUUCCAUAGGCGAAGAAUGGACCAGAUUUACGUUUUCUUUUCCGCCGAGUCUACGUCUUCUCUUCGGACAUCACACAAGGUGUCAAUGUUGGGCUUUGGAAACCUCUUUAAUCUUACAAUGUCCUACCGUACCGACUCCGAUAUACAAACACCAUAUAGUACAAUACGCAGAACAUUGAAAUCACUUAAAGAAAAGUACCACAUGGGAUCUCCAUUAACUACUGCUGACUUAGAGGCCUGCUUGCUACAGAAGGACGGCUUGGCAAUAUGGAUAAGCAGCAACUGUGGGUUUACUGUUGGAGCUGAAAAGCGCUUUAAGUUGGUGAAGAAAAUAAAGCAGACUCUAGGUUCAAAGCUAAAAACGAGGGGUUUAUGUUCGGACAAUCCAAGGGAGGCGAAAUUCAAAACCACCGCCGAUUUUUUCAACGAAAUCGGGCGGUACAAGUUUUAUUUCGCUUUCGAAAACUCGUACCACUGUCGGGACUACAUUACCGAAAAAGUGUGGGAGAAUGCCUUUUUAAGUGGGACAGUACCUGUGAUUUGGGGCCCAACGAAAAGAGACGCUGAGGAAAUUCUCCCACCAGGUUCAUUUAUUCACUUGGACGACUUCCAUAGCACACAAGAACUGGCGAAGUAUUUGUUAUAUCUAGACAGAAACGAAACAGCAUAUCGCGAAUAUUUUUCCUGGUGGUUUUUAAAUGAGACAGAAUAUGUCGAAAAGCCUGUUGGCUUAUGCAAGUUAUGUAGAAUGCUGCAUUCGAACCCGAUUACUCGGAAAACGAUCCAAUAUCCUGAAGUACUGUGGUACGGACAGGAAAACCGGGAUUGUAUGUUCAUCAAACGAACAUGACCAAUAUACUAGUGAUCAUGGCCUACUCAAUAUAAUACAGUAUUGUUGAGUAGGUCAUGCACUGAUUACUGUUUAUUUUCGUAUUGACCUCACUUUUAUACAGUAAAUGGCCAUAGUUACAGAACAUGGCAUAUUUUUUAUCCUCAGUUAUAAUUACAACAUUAUAACG